UAACAUUCGGAUCCCAAGAUGCGUGGUAUGUGAUAGUCCUGCAUUUAUUGAAUUAGUGGCAUUUGGUGACGCAUCCACUCAUGCUUACUCAGCAUGCGUUUAUCUCAAGUCCGUAGAUAAAGACGGCCGUGUGUCAGUACAUUUAGUGAUGGCAAAGAGCCGCGUAAGUCCUCUGAGGCCUUUAACUAUUCCUAAAAUGGAACUGAAUGGUUCCCUUCUAGCCGCUCAUUUGGUGGAAAAGGUUAGAACAUCGUUUAGGCUACAGAUCAAUCGUUGUACUUACUGGUGCGAUUCAACAAUUGUUUUAGGGUGGAUAAAAUCAUCUAAAAACUAUAUGCUUAAACCUUAUGUCAAUAACAGAAUUCAAGAAAUUUUGCAAAGGACUAAACCAUCAGAAUGGCAUUACGUACCCACCAACAUGAAUCCAGCAGACAUAGGAUCUCGGGGUGCAACUCCGGCACAGUUAGAAGUAUGUCCUUUAUGGUGGACAGGACCUACAUUCUUAUUAGGAGACGAAUCGUCAUGGCCCGCCCAACCAAAUUACGCUAAAGAAAGCGAAUUGCCUGAAUUCAAAGCUCAGUGCACAUUAAUUACCCAAAAAGAUGAUUAUUCCAGCUACAUCUCUGAUUUUAUUCAAAGGUUUUCAAAUUGGAAUAAAUUACUGCGCGUCGUAGCCUAUGUUCAACGUUUUAUACACAAUUACAUGCAUCCAAACAAUAAACUCGUUGGGCACUUAAAAAUUCACGAGCUUCAUUCUUCGUUAAAUGCUUUAUGCAGAUUUGCCCAACGUGAAACAUUUCUGAAGGAAUACGAUAUAUUAAAACGCAACAAUAAGUUGCCUGUUAAAAACCAACUUAAUGAGUUGAACCCGUUUUUUAAUGCCGAAGACGCUCUUAUAAGGGUAGGAGGUAGGUUGUCAAACUCAUUUUACCAUUUUGACACAAAACACCCUAUAUUACUCCAUUCAUCACAUCACGUCACAAUCUUACUUUUCAGAUAUUACCACAUGUUAUUAUUGCACGGUGGACCACAGCUCCUACUAGCCAGCUCUCGCCACAAAAUAUGGGUUAUUGGUGGUAGAAAUUUGGCUAGAAAAACUGUGCAAAAAUGUGUAAAAUGCUGUCGUUUUUCCGGUAAGGUUAGACAGCCAAGGAUGGGUGAUCUUCCUGAACCUCGGGUUCAUGCAGAAUAUCCCUUUUUUAGCACGGCUGUUGACUAUGCUGGCCCAGUAAUGAUAUUGAACCGAAAAGGUAGAGGUAGCAAGUUAAUCAAAGCUUACUUAUGCAUUUUCGUUUGCCUUGCCGUAAAGGCUGUUCACAUCGAACUUGUGACUGAUCUGACCAGUGAAACAUUCAUGGCCGCCCUGCACCGAUUCAUAGCCCGCAGAGGAAAACCUGCACAUAUUUACUCUGAUAACGGUCGUUGUUUUGUGGGAGCCUGCACUGAAUUAUCUCGAUUCCUUAAACAAAGUUCAAAUCAAAUAAGUUCUGAUGCAUCAAAAAUAUCAAUAAAAUUCCACUUCUCACCUGCUUAUAGUCCCCAUUUUAAUGGUUUAGCGGAGAGUGCAGUUCGGUCAGUCAAACAUCAUUUAAAGCGAAUUAUUUCUGGUACCAACUUAACCUAUGAAGAACUGAAUACCGUUUUAAUUAUGACCGAGGCAAUUUUAAACGGAAGACCCCUCACUCCUUUAUCUUCAAAUCCUUCGGAUCUUUCAGCCCUCACUCCGUCAUAUUUUUUGAUCGGACGAACAGACACGUUGCUCCCAUCUCCCCAGGCCCCUGAAUCUGCUGCCAUCUGCACCUUGUCACGUUACAUGCGAGUUCAACGACUAAAGGCCCACUUUUGGUAUCGAUUUUACAAUGAAUACAUUUCAGAGCUCCAAAAACGUCACAAAUGGACCAAAGAUGGAGGACAACUCAAAUUAGGAGAAAUGGUGCUUGUCAAGGACGACCGACUGCCUCCAAACCAAUGGUUACUGGGUCGAGUAACACAACUUUAUCCCGGCACUGAUGGAAUAUCCCGAGUGGCCGAUGUACUCACCAUGUCUGGAACUGUCCGGCGCGCCUUCAAUCGCCUAUGCCCAUUGCCAGUAGAAGACAAGAGCUCGGUUCCUGGGGGGCCAAUAUGUUAACGCCUCGUAUAUGUGUGCCAUGCAUGAGACACACAUACACACACAGCGACAGCAGCGCGGGCGCGGCCCACGCCCCACUCUUCAUCUAACCAGCAACGCAUACGUACAUAUAGUACUUACCUACCAUGUAGUUUUUUAUUACUCAUUAAAAAGUGGUAAAUUUUGGAA